AUGACCAAUACACCGAGGCAAAAAGGUGGGAAAGACAAGGAGGAAGAGGGAGGGAAGAAAAGAACGGCAACAAGGAGGAACAAACGAUGGGCACAAAGGAGGAAAGGUCGAACAAGGAGAGGGAAGGGGAAAAGGAAGAAACAUGGGCAGUGACCCACCCCAGGCGAGUAGGGACGAGGAUAUCCGUGAGACGGACCGGAGGUUUAGCAUAACGGGGGCGGACCCAAAAGAUAUGAUACAGCAGAUGUCUGGGUCUAAAAAUAAUCCGACGAUUUCCGCUCCGUCGAUUCCUCCGUAUACCAAUGUAGCUCCGGUGGCAGCUUCAGCCAACAAACAAAGCCAAAGCCAAGGCCAAGGUCACGGAGGGGAAGGUGUCGUCUGUCGUGCAAGUGGUCAAGUAUGACGGAGAGAAGUAGGAGGUCUCUGGUGGUU